AUGGCUGAGGUGGACUGGAUACACAGACAUCCAAAGGCGGAGGACCUAAGGGUUGGGCUCAUCAGCUGGGCCGGAACCUACCUCACCUUUGAAGCAUAUAAGAGUACAGUCACAGCUACUGCAAAGAGUUUGGGCAGGAGACAGACCUGGGAGCUCCUGGUGAGCAAUGAACAUGAAGCACAGGCUGUGGUCCGACUGAAGAGCUUGCAGGGCCUCUACCUGCUGUGCGAAGCAGAUGGCACUGUGUGCUACGGCAGGCCAAGAACUAGCCACCACGGAUGCUUCCUGCUCCGUUUCCACCGAAAUGGCAAAUGGACCCUCCAGUGCAUCAUCUCUGGUCGCUAUCUCGAGUCCGAUGGUGAGGAUGUAUUCUGCAACUCCAGGGUUCUUUCCGCUUAUCACAUGUGGACUCCCAGGCCGGCCCUGCAUGUCCACGUGAUCCUCUACAGCCCCACCUACCACAGCUAUGCCCGAGCAGACCACACCGUGGGCCGAAUCUGGGUGGACGCAGCAGUCCCCUGCCUAGAGGAAUGUGGUUUCCUGUUACAUUUCCAAGAUGGAUGUUACCACCUGGAGACUUCUACACACCAUUUCCUGUCUCGUGUAGACCGUCUGGUCCCUCAACGCUCACCACAGACAGCUUUUCACAUGCAAGUGCGGCCUCGAGGACUAGUGGCCCUAUGUGAUGGAGAAGGCGGCACAUUAUAUCCACAGGGUACACAUCUACUCCUGGGCCUGGGUUCGUCUCCUGUGAAGGGUGAGGAGUGGUUUGUCCUACAACACUUCCCAACCUGGGUCAGCCUGAAGUCAAAGUCUCGAAGGUUCCUCUCAGUCAUCUAUGAUGCUGAGGUGUGCGCUGCUUCUGAGCGCUUGACCCAGAUGUCCUUGUUCCAGUACGAAUGUGACAGCGAGACCCCUACCUUACAACUGCGUUCAGCCAAUGGCUACUACCUAGCCCAGAGGAGGCACCGGGCAAUCAUAGCUGAUGGGCACCCCAUGGAGUCUGACACCUUCUUCCGAGUGCACUGGAAUUGUGGGAAAAUCAUCCUGCAGUCUCCCAAUGGGCGUUUCCUGAGCAUCGCCUCCAACGGCCUGCUAAUGGCAAAUGCCACCAUCCCAGGCCCCAGUGAGGAGCUGGGGAUCCGAUUUGCCAAUCGCCCCUUUCUGGUAUUGCGAGGUCGGUAUGGGUAUGUGGGCUCCUCCUCUGACCACGACCUGCUCAAGUGCAAUAUGGACCAGCCUGACUGCAUCCAGCUAUUGCCCUGCCGCCAGGGCAUCUAUCACUUUCAGGCACAGGGCGGAUCCUUCUGGUCAAUAACUUCCUUUGGCACCUUCCGCCCUUGGGGAAAAUUUGCCCUCAACUUCUGUAUAGAACUUCAGGGGAGCAGCCUGCUCACGGUGCUGGCACCCAAUGGCUUCUACCUCCGAGCGGACCGAAGUGGCACACUAUUGGCAGACAGCGAAGAAAUUACCAAAGAAUGUAUCUGGGAAUUUUAGGUCAAUGGAAUGUUGCCUGCCAAACCAUAAAUCCUCCAGGAACAGCCUCUGAACUAAACAGAGCAGGAAGCCCAGAGUCACGAUCCACAAGAAGAAUAUGUGCUGUGCGAUUUUUCCUACCAAGUUUAGCAAAACACCUGUUUCGAGCGACAAUACAUCAGAAAAGGCUACCCCCAAGAUCCGUAUGUGUGUCUGACUCAGGAGACACACUAUGUGUCUGGCUCUAGAGUCACAGGGUCUGGACCAUCGUAACUUCUCUCCCUGCAGAACAUGCAUACACAUGUGAACAGCAUGAGAAGGGAAAGGGGGGCUGUCGGGAAGUAGGAGGAGGAAUGACCAGUGAGGGGAAGUGACAGGAGAGGUGACAAGUGCUCAGGUUUCUCUCGUGUGUGGAAUUUGGAUUUAAAUAGACACAAGCGUGUAUAUGUAACAGGAAAGCAGAAGGGGAAGGAAAGGGACCAUUGAAAAAGUGGAGAGAGAUGGCGAGGGGAGUACCAAAGUGAAGAGGAGUGAGAUAAAAUUGUGUGUGUGUGUGUGUGUGUGUGUGUGUGUGUGUUCACAUACAUACAUGCAUACAUACAAAUGUCACAAUAAGACACAUUAUUUAGCUGGGCAUGGUGUCAUAUGCCUGCAAUCCAGUACUCAGGAGACUAAUAAAGUUCCAAGCUAAUUUAGGAUACAUAGUGAAACACUGUAAAAACCAUAUGUGCUUAUGGGCACGCGUGUGCACCCCCCCCCACACACACACACCCCACAAGCUAUACAAGCAUUAUUUUGAACACUAGCUAAAAAGAAGAAUUAAAAAAGAGUAGAUGUCUGGUUGAGGGUUGAAGGCUGUUGUCCCAGGAUGCUGUAAGCUCUACCCAGAAGGAAGGACACCAGUGGGUACCACUUUCUCCCCUCCCACAGCCCAAACUAAUAAACUCUUCUCAGUGACCCCUUGAAAAACCAGCCCUGCCUUAACGGAUUCAGACUUCAGAUGUGACUUUUACAUGUCUUUUAGAUGCUUCCCUGGGGAAGACUGUUUCUCCUGAUCUCACCAUCCCUUGGUUGUUGCCUGCAGUUCUUUGUCUAGGGUGGAGGCUGUGUGAGCUUCCUCCUCCUACGUCAGUCAGCCUGUUUAUUGGUUACCCAAUACCAAAUGGCCAAAUGCAAAUCAUAUACAUAAAAGUAACAUAUGGACUGAGUGGGAUAUAUGUAUUAUGUAUGUAUGUAUGCAUAUAAGAAUAAUUAAAAAGAGGCCAUUAUGCUUGGAUAUCAUAUUCAAGAAACCUAGAUAACUACCCUGGGCUAUUGAAAUCACAGGUCUUAGAGAUUCUCAGAAAUAACUACUGCACAAACAAAUAAUCCAUACAUACCUUAGGAGAGCCAGAUCAGCCACUAUGUUCAGAGCAGCCAAAAGGGAGCUCGCUCAUGCCACUCUGGGUUUUCAAGCACCAGAUGAAUUUUAAAAAAUAAAAAUAAAAAGGAAAGGAAUAUGACUGGUCCAGACUCCAGCAUGAGAUGAAUGAAGAAGAGAAAUAGAAAGAAAAGGAAUGUGACUGCUCCUAGGUAUGCUGGAGCAGAAGGUUUGUUCUAGGUAAGCGGAAGAGUAUAGCCAGAGCCUGGGACACCUAGGAGAGCACAAAGUGGGCACGACCAGACUGAGCUUCUCCAUGUUGGGAGAGGGGAGGGCAGGGGAGGAGAGAGAGCUGAGGAACCAGUGCAGCAGCCAGGAGACUCAAAGGGACAAAGAGACCGGAGCAGAAUUGUUGGAUUAUAUAGGGAAGGGCAGCCCAGCCCCCUGGGCUGGAGAGUUCUGAGGAGGGGCUGGGGUGUGCUAGUCAGGACAGCGCUGUAACAAGCAGGCACUGGGGGAUGCUGAGAGAGUCUGGAGGGCAGGCACUCAGCCAUUUGUCCGGGUGUGAAACCUAACAACCUCAACUUUACUCCAACCAGCAUAAUCUAGACAUUCUAAAUAUCCUCACAGCCUCAAAUAAGUCUCAUCCCUAAGACCAAGGAUCAUGGUGGGGAAGUGGGGAAGAGCCAGAGAAAUGGAGAGUUUGCUGUGAAACGGUUUCUCUUAGAAAUGUCAGAAGUCUAUCAGGAAGUCUCUCGCCAACAUGGCUGCCUACACACGACCUGAAAAAGGAAGACACCAAUAGACAUGCUGACAUGGAUGGGGAAAAUUUCAGGAAACUUCAACCCUAGGCCAAGAACUGCAGGCAACUAAGGGAUGGUGAGAGCCCGAGAAAUGGUCUUCCCUGGGGAAAGCACAGCCACUGGUUAUCCAAUACCAAAUGGUCGGCGAAAACAUACAAGUAACAGCAUUGUAUGGA